AUGGGAACGGAUACCAACGUGAGGGUGAAUUACACGUCGACGACACCCAGUUACCUAACAUCUUGGGUAGCUCAACAGCAACAACAGGAAGUGAGUUCGUCUUUCUUAUGGCAACAACAUCACCACCAAUGGCAAAAACCACUUCCUCCGGGUCAACACGUUAUAGGAAGAAACGUCGGUCAUCAUCACAUGAUGAUGGGACCCGUUCACGGACACAUUCCGACAUCGUCGAGAAGAAAUCCGACAGAGAAAAUAAACCUUAACGCGUUUCCGAAAGAAACUCAAACAUCCCCCUUACAAUACGAAAAAAAAUGA